ACUGCACCCUAACAGCGCAUCACCGGAUAGGCUACAUACCCGGAAGCAGUCAGACUCUCCAGGCAGCUGAUGGAGCUUCUGGAUAAAUAAGCCGUUUUUCUGAUUGAAUUAUUCAGAAAGAACUUGUUAAUAUUAGGAGGAAGCUGAGCCACACGGGCCUCAGCCGCUUGUAGAAGAAGAAGAAGUGACUGUGUGCAGACAGUGGUUGUUAGCUGCCUCCUGCUAGCUGCUGCUGGACGUCUGGCACCUGUUUAUCGUCGUAUUGUUUGUAUUGUAUCGGUCAGCUGGCCGCUGGAGCUCGCUAUGGACGGCGGCACGGCGGCGGAGUCGGAGGACGGUGGCCCCGACAAGAGGCGCAGGGUGCACGGCAUGCUGAAGCUCUACUACGGCCUGAACGAGGAGGGGAAGGCCGAGGACGAGAUGGAGUCCCUGGAUCCCUGCGACAUCAACGGGCCUCAUUUUGACCCCGAGCACUACCUGAACAAGCUCAGAAGAGAGUGCUCUCUUGCCGAGCUGAUGGACCAGGAGACCUGCAUGGUGAAGCAGAUCCGCUCUUUGGACAGUGACAUGCAGACGCUGGUGUAUGAAAACUACAACAAGUUUAUAUCUGCUACCGAUACCAUACGAAAGAUGAAGAAUGACUUCAAAAAGAUGGAAGAUGAAAUGGACUGUCUCUCUGCUAACAUGGCAGCAAUCACAGAGUUCAGUGCUUCUAUCAGUGGUACCCUACAGGACCAGCACACACAGAUUACAAAACUGUCAGGGGUUCACACUCUGUUGAGGAAGCUGCAGUUUCUGUUUGAGCUGCCGGCUCGAUUGAACAAGUGUCUGGAGCUGCAGGCCUAUGCUCAGGCAGUGAGCUCCCACCGCCGCGCCCGCUGUGUGCUGCAUCAGUACAGCCACCUGCCCUCCUUCAAGGGGAUUCAGGAUGACUGUCACGCCAUCAUGGACAAACUGGCGCAGGAGCUUCGACAGAAGUUCAGGGACGGUGGAUCAAGCGCCAAAGAUUUAUCACAGUGUGUGGAGCUGCUGCUACAGUUGGACGAGCCAGCUGAGGAGCUCUGUGAUAAAUUCCUGAGCCAUGCACGAUCUCGACUCGAGUCGGACCUUCAGGGCCUGGAAGCAGAGAUAAGACCAUACUCCUCUGCCUCAGCUGUGAAAGAUGCUUCAGCGCGCUGGCCAUCAUCGGCUGCAGGGGCCGGAUCUCCAGAUGAUAAGUCACCUAAAAUGAGAGCCCUAUCUUCUCCCACCUCAAACACUGACAUCCUGGAAUUCAUUGACAGAGGCUGCAAUGAAUUUGUCAGCAGCUUAUGUUUGUUAAUUACAUCGUAUCAAGAACUUUUUGUCAACCACGCUCAGACAGGAGAGCUAGCAUCUAAAAAUAUCCCCCAGAUGGCAAAUGGCAAGCUGAAUGCCUUUGUGGAUGACCUGGCAGCUCGGUAUUUCUCCCUUGUCGAGCGGAGGAUACAAGAGGAGAAAGGAGUUGGAGAUAACUCCCUCCUGGUCCGUGCACUUGACCGCUUCCACCGCAGACUUCAGGCUGUGUCCAAACUGCUGCCGGGCUCUUCUGUGCCAAACAAGGGGACUGAGAUUGUGAUUCGGGCGGCGACGGAGCGAGUCAAGCAGUACCUCUCUGCCCUGCAGAGCUUCUAUCUGGACAGCUUGACAGAUGUGAGGCAGGCUUUGGCAACACCGCGUCUCUCUGUGGCUAGCGCUUCAGUGACUGGGGGCGGAGCUCAUCAUGGGGGGCCGGCAUCUGGUAGAGAUGCUCCAACCAGCCUGCCGGAGCUGCUCUCCUCCCUCUCAGCCUCUAUUCUCAAUCAGAUUAAAUCAGUGCUGGCAUCAGUGCAUCUCUUCACAGCUAAGGACAUUGCAUUCUCCAACAAGCCUUACUUCAAGGGUGAAUUCUGUAGUCGUGGUGUUCGUGAGAGCCUGGUGGUGAAUUUUAUAAAGUUUAUUUGCCAGUCUUCUCGCCAGUUCUGUGAGAGCGCAGGAGACAAAGGGGGUUCAACUCCUCCGGCCCUCCUGUUGCUGCUGUCUCGCCUCUGCUUGGACUAUGAAACCUCGACCAUCUCCUACAUACUCACGCUCACAGACGAACAGUUCCUCGUGCAGCAUCACAGUCCUGUAACACAGGUCACAACUUUAUGUGGAGAAGCCAGGGAGGCCGCACAGAAGCUACUGAACCAUUAUGUCAAGGUUCAGGGCCUGAUUAUCUCCCAGAUGCUAAGAAAGAGUGUUGAAACACGAGAUUGGGUGAACACCAUCGAGCCUAGAAAUGUCCGCGCCGUGAUGAAGAGAGUAGUAGAGGACACCACCUCAAUUGAUGUGCAGGUCGGGCUUUUAUACGAGGAAGGUGUGAGGAAGGCACACAGCAGCGACUCCAGCAAAAGGACUUUCUCUGUUUACAGUAGCUCGAGGCAGCAAACGCGCUAUGCGGCCAGCUACACUCCAAGCGCUCCUAUGGAUACCAAUCUGCUGAGCAACAUCCACAAGCUGUUUUCUGAGAGGAUCGACAUCUUCAGUUCAGUGGAGUUCAACAAGGUCUCUGUGAUGACGGGAAUCAUCAAAAUCAGCUUAAAGACGUUCCUGGAGUGCGUCCGCCUGCGCACGUUUGGCCGCUACGGGCUGCAGCAGAUCCAGGUCGACUGCCACUACCUGCAGAUGUACUUGUGGCGCUUUGUCUCCGACGAGAACCUGGUGCACUUCCUGCUGGAUGAGAUAGUGGGCAGCUCCGCUCACCGCUGCCUGGAUCCCGCCCCGAUGGAGCAGAGUGUGAUCGAAGUCAUCUGUGAACGAGGUUGAGGGUCAAAGCGCAGCUCAGCCAGAAAACUGUAUUUAAUUGAAAUGUUAUCUUUGCAAUAUAACAGAAUGUCAAAUUUAUUGAUCAGAUUCAUAAAAUUGCUUUUUGGGAAUCUGUUUACGGAGUCUAAAUUAUACUGUAGGUGAUCAUCUUGUGUUUGAGGCAUAUACACUGACUGACAGUUUGGGACAAAUCUACAUUGUAUUCCAGGCAUGACAAGCUUCUAGUACAUUGGUUAAAGGGCCCAUAUUGUGUAAAAUACAUUUUCUGGGCUUUUACUAUCUGAUAUUUCUUCUGACGUGCCGUGUCGGUGUGCUACUCCCUUGUGAAACUCGGGACGUUACUCCCACAUUGGCCGACUGUCCUGCUUAAACUUGAACAAACAUGAGGAUGGUGUAACUUACCGUUCAGAAACAUCCUGUUGUAACCAACUGUGAAUAUGUGGCUGGUCUUCUAUAGAGGUAUCCAGACAUACCAACGUGACUUGGUAUGUUUACCAGAGAGAUCUUCAAUGCACCAGAAUUAGACCGGUGAUAGGCCUGGUCGUGUGUCACUCAAAGUGCAGUCAGCCAAUCGGUGGAGGGGCUCAAGAGGCAGGCGAAAACAGCCUGUUCUGUCUGCAGCUCCAGAGAGAGGCAGAAGAGAGGACAUGGAAAUACACAUUGCAGCAGUUUUUUCGACUUUAAACCACUGAUAUAUCAUCUUAGUUGUACUAAUACCUCAAAUUAUAUCCCAGAAAGGUGUAAAAUAUGGGCCCUUUAAAUGUAAAAGUUGUCAUUUAAUAAUAAGAUAUUAGAGGGCAAGCCCCUUGUAUCUGCGACAGGAGCUGAGCUUUUAAGCACAUGUUCCCAUUGAAGGAAAUAAGAACAGAAUAUGAAUGAUUAAAAAGUUGUGUCUGGUGGAAAUGUUAUGUAUUAAUAUAUUCUCCUCAGUGUCUUUUUGCUGAAUAACUUGCAGUGUGAAUGUCAUCUGAUUAUGCCAUUUAUGUCUUACACUAAAGUAUCUACAGAAGACUUGUCUUGCCUUCAGGCUGGUUCCAUCGUUUCUGUGCAUGUCUUACACAGACAAACACUUGGUUUAAAGUUCAUGUGUCCACAAUAAAAGUGUCUGAAUGAA